AUGGAAUUAAACUCAUCAGCAGUAGAAACACAGUCAAGCGAGUCUAUUGUUACGUCUGAGACAAGCAAGCCGAAAAACCAAGAAACCCAAUUCAAAGGAGACGCUGAUGACGUGCUCAUCUCAUUGAAAUCCUGCGACGAUUAUUCUCAGCAUCGAUAUACUCCAUCACCGCGACCAUUAGUUAGAGAUGAAGUGGAUAUACUGUUAUGUGAUAUAGAGAUCCCGUCAAAGUCUGCCAUUCCGUCAAAGUCUGUAACAUUCUCCGACGAGAAUGUCGAAAGAACGAGCAGAUUCCGUGCUAAUGGAUAUCCAGACUGGGAUACUAAAAGAUGCCCGCCUAAUAUACACUCCCAAUCACCAGUGUACGAUGACUAUGCUUAUCAAUAUAGGAACGCCACUUCUUCUAAGACGCCAACUACCAGGAAUUUUCACUCUAAUUAUUCCCCCGCAUACGAUAAUUACAUACCAGGUACAUAUAUUCCAUAUUACCAUUCAUCUCGUCCUAGUAAAAAUUGCCUACCCAGUCGGCCCAGUCGUCCCCAGAGACAUUCUUACACGUUCUGUGAGAUGUUGGCUUAUUCAAUGUCGCCAGCGGCCCGUACAAUCGUGAAUGGCUUCUCGCCCGACGCAUUGGACCUUUUGCAAACGGAUAGUUGUAAAAGCAAUGGGACAUUUCCUCCUCAUUUCGAGUGUAAAGCAUUUCCAUCGGGAAUGUGUAAUAAGGUGGUUCGGAAUCGUAUGGUUUCUAAAGAUGAUCGCACAAGCGGACUGUACAUUAUCCCACCACACCGAUCAGGCGUCUUUUACAAUGCCGAGGAAUUUAUGAAUCUCUUUCUGGAUGCCCAAAAUAGGUGGAUUGGACUACUUUUAGAAAAAGAGUGUUGUGUUAGGGAUAAGUUAAAUAACCAGAUAAGGAGGGGGAAAGAACGGUAA